GAUCUUAAGUAUAGUAUUCUUAAUUAAUGUGUUCCUUAAUUUUGUUCACUACCCUACCCACCAAAAAGAGGUCUUGUUUGUGCAUUGUUUUCCCUCCAUUUGUACAUUUGUGAACCUAUUUUCUAACCCCAUGAUGAUGAAGGUGCUUGUUUCUGCUUUUUUAAAUAGCAAGGAAUUACUUGAUAAUUGAAAUAGAGGCAAAAACCUUCUCAGGCCAAACCAGUUCUGAAGGGAAUUAAUGACUUACUUUGGUAGGAACACUUGGUUGGCAGAAUUACAGACAAGAAAUUCAGAUUCUCUUUAAGAGUUUCCAUUAACUAAAAUUGUUCUGGCUGGAUAUAAGUUGGUGAGGAAGCAUGAGUACAACCGGUUUGGGGCAUUGUCUUUUGGGGCUUGCUGUAUGAUUUUCCUUAAUGGAGGAAUCUGAAAAACUUGAUUUUGACAGAGAGAGAUUUUCUUAAAGUCCUCUGAGAAAGCUGUGAUUUUCAGUUAGUUCUUGCCCAUUUCUUGCCAUGCCGGCCACUCACUGUUGUUACUCCCACAGCCAGUGGCAUAAUCAGCACAGAUUAGCCCCUUAACACAAAAUCACAAUUGCCACUUUUUGAGAUGUUAACUCUGUUGUUGUAGUAUGCCUCCCAGUCAUUUCCAAUUUAUGGCAGCCCUAAGGCAACCCUAUCACAGGGUUUUCUUGGCAAGAUACGUUCAGAGGGGUUUGCCUUAGCUUCUGAGGCUGAGAGAGUAUGACUCACCCAAGGUCAUCCAGCAGAUUUCCAUGGCAGAGUGGAGAUUUGAACCUUGGUGAAGAAUUGAAGUCCAGUGCUCUAACACAGAAACACAAUUUUCACUUUUUGAGAAGUUUAGUAGUCUGCUGGAAAGUUCAUGGAUGGCAAUUCAUAACCACAGAUACCAUAUACUUAAGGGGUUGUCAGAGCUGGCUCUGCAUUCCCAAAAUAUGGGUGUGGCUGAAUCUUGUUUGAUGUUCAGUUGUUUCAUACUAAGUAAAUAAAAGGCUUUAGUUUCUUGCAAGUUCUGAUUGGACUGGAAUAAGGCAGACAGUUGGCAAGCCUUCCUGGGCCAUCCCAUUACCAGCUCAUCCAGUAGACACUCAUCUACCCCUCAGAUAUUCGUGUUCACCUGGAUGUUCAUGACUGACAGAUUGCUGCAUUUAGCGAUCAUCCACUGUGUACCCUCUAUAGCACUCUGCUGCAUUGCUGAAUUGCCUGUUGAGGCUUUGGAGAUCCAGAAUGACUUAUUCCAGACUCCACUUCAUUUGUCUGUGUACCUUGAGCAGUUCAUAGUGGUGGAAGCUCUAGUCCUGAAAGGGGUGAACACAGCAUUGCAGGACCGCAGUGGAAACACCCCCCUGCACUUGGCUUGUGAGCAACAGAGUGUGGAGUGUGCCCAGCUCUUGCUGAUGCAGGAACCCAUCUCUGACAAGAACAAGGAAGCAAAGAAGACUCCACAAGAUCUUCAACUUCAAAACUGGCAAGGGCUGACUUGUCUACACAUCAGCACCUUGAAAGGAAACCUGCAACUGAUGACACUGCUGGUGAAGAAUGGAGCUGACAUUAAUGUUCAGGAUGGCACAAGUGGGAAGACGCCCCUGCACUUGGCAGUGGAGAAUCAUGAUGAGAUGGCUGUGAAGCAGCUCCUGCGAAUGGGAGCCCAGGUGGAUGCUCAGAUGUACAAUGGUUGCACCCCACUGCACCUUGCUGUAGGCAGGAAGGAUACAACAAUUGCUACUAUUCUCUGCCAUUCAGGAGCUGACACUUUGCUGCGGAAUAUGGAGGAUGAGACAGCCCAAGACUUGGCUGAUGGCAAUGAUGAUAUCCUGACACUUUUGCCUUUUGAUGACCUGAAGAUCUCAGGAAAACCUGUGGUGUGCUCCAGCUGAGCAUCCCUAAACUUGGAAUGUUGAUAGAUAAUAUUUUGGGAGUUUGACAGGAGCAGAACUGCUAAUAAAGAGUCCCCAUUGCUUCAUAAAGCAACACUGUGAGCUUCUUCAGACAAUUUUGAAACUGCACAGGAUUGUGGGAACUAGUGAGGGGAACAUUGCUCCUUUGCGUGCUGCAUUUAAUCCCUGGAUGAUGACAUGGACUUGCCCCAUUUUUGAGGGUCUAAAGACUGGUUCUAUAUUUGCUCUGCUUGCAUUGUCUUAAUUAGGAGAGACAGAAGAGGAUGACUGUGCAAUGAAUAGAGGAAGUCUGAAUCCUCAUCUUUUUUUUCUUUCUCCCUCCCUGUCCCAUCUUAAAUCAAUGGUGGAACUAUGCCAGGGGUUUCUGUGUCCAGUCUUCCACAUUUUUGUUUUGAAGAUGCUUUUUCUCCAACCAGUUUCCUGACCUAGCUGCUACUGCUUAGGCCUUGGGUAGUCCUUUUAGAGAGUCACACUAAGGCUGUAUUGCUAACCAGGUUUCUUGAUGGCAAUGUCCAAAUUCAGAAUGACUUCAUCUCUGUUCUGUUGCCUCCUAUGGAGGAAAACCCUCACAAAUAGAGUUACAGGCCCAGAAAUUGCCCCUAGGUUCACCCCAGUGUCACUGACAGAACCUGAAGGCUGAACUCAUAGGAAUAUGUAUGAUCUCAGUAUCUCUUAAAUGAAAAUAGCAAGUGUUCUUAAGGGCAGGGCCAAGUGGAGUGCUGUUUGAGCUCUGCUGAGGUUUGCUAGCUAUUGCUGCACAGAUAAGUGCUACGUAUUAAAGUACUGACUUCAAAAUACCACAUGUCCCUCAGGCAGACUUGUGCAGGUAACAUGAAAUUACAUUUAACUGAAGCUAUAAUUCAGCUUGUGAUUUAAAAAAGAGGAGGAAAAUGGCAGGGUCUGUCCCUCUUCAUCAUUUCAUCUUGUACACAGCUCUUCAUCUUCUUGAACUUAAGCGUAUGACAAGAUGCAAGUAUGGCAUUUCCAGCUUAUAUUGCCAUAGAUGGGAGAAACCUUUUAUUGGUACUGCUUGCUACAUCUCAACUCUUAACAGUUAGCAGUGCUUACUUUAGGACUGAAUCUGUUGGCCUCAGUGAAUAGAUGAUCAGGUUUUUGUAUUUUGGGGAAGGACUUGGUUUUGAUUGUUUUACUGUUCACUUAGUAAUCCUAAACAGCCUGUUAAGUGAUAGCUAUAAAAACAUGUUUCGGAAGUAAUGUGGGGACGCAGGAUUAUGAUGUUUCCAUAUGUGUGGUUAUUGUGAUAUGGUGGUCAUUGUGUUACUAUCCAGAGGUAGUAAAACCUCUCUACAGUUGGGAAGAGGUGCACUUGGGUCAUUGAAUGGCAGGAAUGAAAGUUGCUUACAUGUAAACUUUAUUCUGAACCCGGGAAAUUCCCAGCUCCUUCCCUCCUUCUAUUUACCGCCUGGGAGCGGCUCUUUGUAAGUGAUGCAAUCCAUCAGGAUGUCCUAGGCAGAAGUUUCCUUCCUUCCUUCCCUGUUUUUAGGGGACAGACCUACAAGCAACAGCAGCUUUAUGUAACAUUUACCACCAAAGAUCUAGUUGUUUUUAUAUCAUGAUCCACAAGUCAUUUGCUUCCUAUUUUCCCCUCCCAGUCAUUUUUUAAAAUUUUAUAUUUUGUUUCUCAAAACCAAAAUAAAUUUCUUAAACUGGAAAAA